GGUACCCCGACAGCUCUCCUCUACAACCAUGAUUCGUGCUUACGUCCUUCUGGCUCUCGCCACCAGCGCUUUCGCUGGCUACCUCCCAACCUACGGUGUCGGCCACGCCGUUACUGGCCUCAGCUAUGGCGUUGCUCCAGUUGCCAGCUACGCCGUUUCAGCUCCAGCCGUCACCCGCACUGUCUCCACUUCCUACCAAGCUGCUCCAGUCGUGGCUGCCGCUCCAGCUGUUGCCACUUACGCUGCCGCCCCAGCUGUCACCAGGGUGUACCAGUCUGCUCCUGUGGUGGCUGCCGCCCCAGCUGUCGCCACUGUUGCCGCCGCUCCAGCUGUGUCCCGCGUGACCACCUACACUCAGGCUGCUCCAGUCGUCGCUGCUGCUCCAGCUGUCACCAGGGUGUACCAGUCUGCUCCUGUGGUGGCUGCCGCCCCAGCUGUGUCCCGCGUGACCACCUACACUCAGGCUGCUCCAGUCGUCGCUGCUGCUCCAGCUGUCACCAGGGUGUACCAGUCUGCUCCUGUGGUGGCUGCCGCCCCAGCUGUCGCCACUGUUGCCGCCGCCCCAGCUGUGUCCCGCGUGACCACCUACACUCAGGCUGCUCCAGUCGUCGCUGCUGCUCCAGCUGUCACCAGGGUGUACCAGUCUGCUCCUGUGGUGGCUGCCGCCCCAGCUGUCGCCACUGUUGCCGCCGCUCCAGCUGUGUCCCGCGUGACCACCUACACUCAGGCUGCUCCAGUCGUCGCUGCUGCUCCAGCUGUCACCAGGGUGUACCAGUCUGCUCCUGUGGUGGCUGCCGCCCCAGCUGUGUCCCGCGUGACCACCUACACUCAGGCUGCUCCAGUCGUCGCUGCUGCUCCAGCUGUUGCUACCACCUACGCCGCUGCCCCAGUCGCCACUGUCGCCGCUGCUCCAGCUGUGUCUGGCGUGACCACUUUCCACCACGCUGCUCCAGCUGUCGCCACCUACGCGGCUGCUCCAGCUGUCGCUACCGUCCACGCCGCCCCGGCUGUUGCCACCACCACCGUCCACCACGCCCCAGCUGUCGCCACCGUCGCCCACGCUGCCCCAGCUUUCGCUACUUACCAGGCCACCCCAGUCUACGGCUACGGUGUUGGAAGCCUCGGCUACGGUGCUGGCAGCUACGCCCUGGGUCACGGAUUUGGUGUCUAUGGCCUCAACUACGGCUAUGGUCUUGGCACUCCCUUCGACUACACCACCCUCCUCCGCAGGAAGAAGUAAAUGGUUCUCCUGAGCUACAGGAUGGACAUGUGUACAGAACCCUGACAAGAAGCCCCACUUCAUCAAGUCGGAAAAUAUAUUUGGUACUACUGCCCAAA